AUGUCUUCCAUCAUCGUCCUGUGGCUGUUGAUGCGCUUCAGCAGCGUUUUGGUUAACGGCGACCAAUCGGCGUCUUCUUCCAUGACCUUUCCGUCGGAUGAUGCUAACAUGAUACCAGCUGCUCUCGAUGCUGCACCGCCAGGCAAUGCCACCGAUAUCACGCAGAGCGGCUCGAACGGGACUGCGCCGGUGUUAACCCGGAAGGGGAUGUCGUUCUAUGUCGUGUGCCGGUUAGGGCCAUGCAUGCAUCAGCAACUUCCUAGUGACCCUACUCCUAGUCCCAUCACCGUCAAGCCACCAAGCGCACCCGUAGACAGACCGAUAGCCGCACCUGUAGCUAAACCAUUUCCAGCACCCGCGGCCAAACCGAUACCUGCGCCCGUGGCGAAACCGCCGCACCGCGCGUUCCCGCACCGGAUGAAACAAGGGAAUCCAUAA